AUGGACGCUUCCAGCUUAAGCGCCUGGGCAAGCGAGCUAGACUCCAAGAACACCAAGCGCCGCCUGCAGGCCCUGGAAGAUCUGGGAGAAGCCCUGCAGUCGCAACCGCCACGAUCAUCAUCCGAGACAGCUUCGGGAGGGGGCCUAGCCUGCAACUACGACGACAACUCGUGGCAGCAGAUAGUGGCUCCGCUCGUACACACCCUGCGAGACAACAACUUCAAGGUCUGCCGCGCGAGUCUGGCCUGCCUGAAGAGCCUCGUCGCCCGGGUCACGGAGCACGACGCCACUCGUAAGACAGCGGGCCGCACCGCCGCCGCCGCCGCCUCCGGCCGCAAAGGAAGCACCAACAGCAGCAUAACGCCGUUCCUGUCCCUGAUCACGCCGGCCGUGGUAGAGUGCCUCGGCAACUCCAAGGCUGCAGUGCAGGAGAAGGGCGUCGACUUGCUGCUGGCCGUCAGCGACCCAGCGGUCGCCGGGGGCCGUGACACCGUCUCCUCGCUACAGCGGCACUUCGCCGGGCACCGGAACUGGCGCGUGCGGGAGCGGCUAGUGGCCUACCUCGGGCGCGUCGCAGAGCUUGACCCCGCCGGCAUCAACAGCAUCCACCAUCAGCAGCAGCAGCAGCAGCAGCGGGGGGGUACGGCGGCGGAAACAGAGUCGUCCUUGCUGGCCGGAUUGUUGGCGGAUGCGCUCAAUGACUCGGCCUCCCAGGUGCGGCAGGAAGCGCUGGGGGCGGCGACGAGGGUGGUCAGGAUGCUCGGUGGGAACGGCGGUCCAGGUCUGUUGGCCCAGCUGGAGGCGAAGGGGGUCCGGCAAGUAGUGCUCUCGGCUCUUCGGGACGCCGGGAGCGGCAGCGCCACUGGCGGCGGCGGCGGCGGCGGCGGUGGAGAAACGGGCUCCGCCUUCACGGAAGGCGCCGCUGCCACAGCAGGCCUGCUGUCACCGAUCACUCCCGCACCGCAAUUAGCGUCCCGUUCCGGCGCGGCCGCCGCCGCCGCACAAGCAGUAACGACGGUACAUCGCGCUGCUGCUGCUGGUGGUCAUGGUAUCGCUAACGGCGGCGGCGCUCGCCUCACGACGGCGACCAGAAGUAGAAGGCCGACGGCUGCGGGAAAGGGGGGACGGGGAGCAACUACGUCCGUCUUGACGCGGGCGGGGGUAGGCGUACCAGGAGAGCGAGGAGCGCCUACACCGACCGGUGGGGAAGCGGCCGGGCGUGGAGGUGGCGGCAGUCGGGCGGGUUCUCCUACGACCUUGAUCGGGAACAGCCCGCGGGGUUGUGCGCUGGGCAGCGGUGGGGAAGAAUCGGCUUUUUCCGCGUUGGAACCGCUGGUGGCCGUGACAGUGUACACCGAGCGCGACGUACGCCGUGAGGUGGAAGCGGUGAAGGCGGGUCUUGAGCACGAGAGCGACUGGCAGAGGUGGGUCUCCGCCAUGCGGAGGCUCGCGGGCGUCGCUCUCGGGGGGGGUGGUUCGGAGUUUUCCGCGCUCCUGGCGGGGCUCGUUCGCGCCAGCGUGCACGAGAUGGUCGGGCACAAGGUGUCGGAGAACCGCAGCGCCGUCGCCCGCGAGGCGUGCCGAUGCGUCGCCGUCCUCGCCAGGUGCCUGACGGACCACUUCGGGGCCCUGGCCGAGCUGUGGCUGCCGGAGCUGCUCCGGAACACGACCCGCGCGGUGGUCGUCGCCGCCGCGGGGGACGAGGCCGCGCGCGCCAUCUUCGGGUGCACGAAGGACGGGUUCCCGCGCCUCUUGCCGUAUCUGGUCGACACUGCCAAGAACAAGAGCGCCGCGAUACGACGCCGGUGCCUCGACUACGCCGUGCUCGCCCUGGCUUGUUGGGGCGACGCGGCCUUCGAUCGAUGCGCCGUCCAGCUGAGGGAUAUGGUGGCGGCGGCAGUGGCGGACGCGGACAGCUCGGUGAGAGCGACAGCGCGCCGUGCCUACUGGGUCCUGAACCUCCGUUUCCCGGACUUGGCGCAGUCGGUCAUGGGCUCGCUGGCUCCUUCCAUGCAGGCAAGUCGCACGCCGGCGGUAGCUCGCCGCGUGCACGGGACGCACCACGGGGCCCCCUCCUCCACCAGCAGCGGCGCCCAUCAGUUCGCUCAGAGACGGCCGGCCAGUGCGGCCUUCGACGGCGAGGGUGGGCUGGCGGCGGCGGCGACGGCGGGAGGUGCGGCGAGGUCGUCGUCCGCAAGGGUGAAGGUCGAUCGCGGUGCUGCUGCCGAUAGCGGCGGCGGUGGUAGCGGCAGGGUUUUGCGUCGGGGAGGCGGAGCGCCGGCGAGGAGAACACGGCCCCCUGGGCGAGCACCGGCCGCGCACGACGGCACGAUGGAUGUCGCCGACAACCGCAACGCGUCUUCUUUCGGCGCGGGUAGUGCCUUCGACUCUGUGGGCGGCGGCGGUGGUGGUGGGGAUAGCAGCAAGAACAGGAGCGCUUCGUCGGCGUUACGCGUCGCAGGCGGCAGCGGCGGCGGCGGGAGCGAGGGAGAGCUUGCCGCGACGAUGAUGCCGGCAACGGCGAAGUCUGGAGCUUUCCGCGUGCCCCGUGGCGGUGUGAGUGAAACGAUGACUCGCGUACCUGCUGCAGCAAGUGGGGAUGCCCUUCACCAACGCUCCCCCGCAGCUCGGGUCGUGGCGAGAAGAUCGUCGGUGGUUCCGGCGGCGGGGGGCGAAGGGGAAUACCAAAGCUAUGGCGCCCCCGGGGCGCUCGGUGGUGUGUCCAAGGGAGGGCGGGGGGUGCAGCCAGCCAGGAUUGUUGGGCGGCAGCAGCAGCAGCAGCGGUUGGAUGCGAGUGCGGUGGGGAGGCGGGAAGAGGAGCCUGGGGAGAGCAAAGCGGACGGGGGGGGAGCGAUGAGGGCCGUGGUCGCUGCGCCGAUUGUUCUCGACCGUCGGCACGUGUUGCGCCAGAUGGACGACCUUGCGGAUCAAGCCGGCGCGUCCCAUUGGGGCGCGCGAACGGAGGCUCUAGAGAGCAUGCUGCACCUCUUAACCGCGGAAGGCGGCGGUGGCGGCGGAGGCGGAGACGGCAGCAAUAUUGGCUCUGGUAAGAGGGGCGAGGGCGGAAAGUUCGUGCUGGAGUCGAGGCCGGCGUCCAGACGGCUGGAGACCGUGAUCGCGGAGCGCACGCGGGACGUCAACUUCAGGGUCGUGGCCGCGGCGCUGAAGCUCUUCGGCGGUCUCGUGGAAGCGCACCCGGCCCUCAUGGCCGACCACACGUCGGCCCUCCUGCCGUCGGUGUUCCCAACCUUGGCCGACCCGAAGGAGCCGGUACGUCAGGCGGCGAACGAGGCGCUGAACGCCUGCCGGGCGGCGUACAACCCUAACCAGCUCUGCUCCUCGCUGUGCCCCCGCGUCCUCGAGCUCCCGGCAGGCCGCGCGCGGACCGGCCUCCUCGAGUUCCUGGCCGUGGUCGUGCCUCACUCGGCCGUGUUCUUCCUCGACGGGCACCACUCGUCGGGAGGCGGAGCGGGAGGCGGGGGGCACAUGCAGUCUCUCACGCAGCGGGUUGCGUCCGCUCUCGCGCAGACCCCGCCGCCGUCGAACUGGGACGGGUCUCUCGGGGAGGACGGGCCUACGUCCGCCGGCCCCGCGGCCUCCGCCGCGAUUCGGCUCCUGACGGCGCUGUCUCGCUUGGACGGGGACGCCCUGGCGACAGCGUCGGCGGCGCUGCCGCCGGAGCCUGCCGCGGCGGUGCGGCGGGCGCUGUCGUUCCUCCGCCCCAAGUCUCCGUCUCCGCCGAGGAGAACGGGAGCUGCUGCCCUGUCUCCGACAAGUGCCGGCGAGAGCGCCGUUGCCGCCGUGGGCGCCGUAGAGGCGGAUGGAACACGUUCCCCGACCACGGUUUCGGAUGGAGAUGGGGAAGAACAUGGGGUUGCGGCUGUUGUGACGCCUGCGGUAGGCGGUGUGCGGGGCGUCGGGGGAAAGCCUGGCGACGGGAACGAGGGGUCGUCGUCGCCGCCGACGACGACGACGACGACGACGACGACGACGACGACGACGCUCGAGACGCCGCGACCUCCGGUGGUAGCGGCUGCGAGUCCGCCAGGGGAGGGAGGGUUCGCACUUUCUUCGAAUCCCGGCAGCGCGUUCUUGUGUGAAGAAAGAAGUGGCGAGCGUGGACGGCUAGAAGCGGAGUCGCCCUUGUUCACACCACCGGAGCAGCGGCAGCAGCGGAACCCGCAUCGUCAGCCACUGGCGCCGCUAACCCCGCGGGACUCGAACCGCCAGCUAACUGGCGAACAGCAUGCGGGCUUGGUUUCCGGGGGAAGUGGCAAAAUUAAGCAGCUGGCGGGAUUUCCGACUCCGAAAAAGAGUCUUGUUCUUUCUGCUGUAGCUCCCGCUUCCGCCACAAGAUCGUCCACAGUGCCAGCGGCGACGAGUCAGGACCAAAAGGCGGCGGCGGAGGCGGUGAUGGUGGGCGGGAGGCUAAUCGCGGGGCUGUCCCGCGGAGCGCGCUCGCAUCGGAAGAUCGAAGCGCUGUCCUCCCUCCGAGGGUUGGCAGACGGGGAAGGCGCCGGGGGGCGCCCGGACUUCUGGCCGCGAUACUUUGGUCAGGUGCUCAUGCUCCUGUUGGAGGGGGCGGCGGUGUCAUCGCCGGUGGCGGCGGCGGCGGCGGGUGACGGGGUUGGCCGAGGAGAAGCGGCGGCGACGGGGGAGGAGAGCACACGGAGAGGAGGCGGCGACGGCGGCAGACAAGGCGGGGUCUACUCAACCUCGUCGUCAAGGCGGCGGGCGCUGCUUCGGGCGAAGCACCUACAGGGGGUGCGGUGCCUUGUCGCGCGGCGUGGGGAAAUGUUCCCGGGGUCGACGGAGAUGGUGGUGGGCAGGCUCGUUGAGAUCGGCGGCGGCGGCGGGGAGGGGGACCCUAGCGUUGCCGUCCGGUGCGAGGCGGAGGCAUGCCUGGCCGACCUCGUCAGCGUCCUAGACCCCGCCCGCUACCUCGCCGUGUUGACCCCGCUCAUCGCCCUCCUCCCCGCCGCCGCCGCCGCCGGUGGUUGUGGAAACCUGGGCGGCGACGGCGGUGAGCCGAAGGAAGGUCUCGCGGGGGGUGCGCAGGGCGUGCUGGCGCAGUGUGUUGCGCUCGGGGCGCUGCGCGCCCUCACGCCGCGGCUGUCGUCACCGGGGCUACUGGGCGCCCUGGGCGCGGGCCCCCUGCUGGCGGGGCUUGAGGCGGCUCUCGGCGGUGGGGACCUCGAGGCGCGCAAGCGAGCGGUGUUGGCCUUGGUGGAGAUGUACCAGGUGCUGGAAGAGGCCCUGCUACCGUUCCUGGCCAACUUUCCCACCAACCGCCUCAAGCUCAUCACGAUGUACAUCGAGCAGCGCAGGGCGAGGGACAAACGCGCCUCUGCCGCCGCCGCCUGUACCGGGUCUGCUAGCACGCCUAGGUUUGCGACUGUGAAGUCGGGUGCCAGUGGGGCUGUUGCCGCGACAACGGAGACUAGAUUUACGCCCAUACGGUAGGAGGUACUAGCACAGCCAGCAGGGGAGCGUUUCAAUUCUAUUCCCUCGUGUGCCUCUGUCAGUUGCUUGUCCAUCCGACCGUGUUUGCUUGAUGAAAGCGUCUUGGGCUUGGGCGCGUGGUCGGAUCGUUCCAAGCUUUCCCAUGUGUUGUCUAGGUUGGGUCGUCGUAUGUUCCUACAGCAGUUUGGAGGCGGCUGGCGUUGCCUGGUGGCUCUCGCGGCAUGCGGCAGGUUAUGUGCCUGUCCGCAUUUGUCCUCACCUGUCUCUUUGUUUUUCACGGGUGCGCUUGAGAGGAGAAUCCAAGGUCACCUUGUUCCGCAGGAGCUACCACACGGUUUCUUUCCAAAGCGUUUUCAGGGGAUCGGAUUUGCCCUCGCGUGAUUUUUGGCAUUUUUUACGGGUUUUUUCGGAGGGCACGUCUUUCGGGCGAAAGCUGCGCACCUGCCUGUGCCUGUUGAGUGACCGCGACUUUUAGUCGGUGUUCCUUGCGUGGCUCGCGUGGAGACUUGGAGCCCUGCUGUAGGCUAUGUAUGUGGGGGUGUGCUCUCUAAUGGAAUUAAGUUACCCCAGGGCAACAGAACCGGAAGUUAUUUUUUUGGGGGGAAGGGUACCAUAUCUAGGGAUCGUGCUCGUACUAUGUGUGUGCGCU